CCCACCUCCGCCUCCGCUCCCGUCUCUUCUUCAACGCUCUCUUCUCAUCUCUCACUCACCCACUUCUCCACUCCAUCUCUCAGCAUGCUCGCCUUCCGCGCCAUCGCCCGCCCUGCCGCCGUCGCUUUCCGCGCGCGCCCCGUCGUCGCCCGCGCCGGCAUGGCCAUGCGCUUCGCCUCGACCAAGAAGUUCUCGGAGGACCACGAGUGGGUCCAGGUCGACGGCCAGGUCGCGACCAUCGGCAUCACCGAGUACGCGCAAAAGGCGCUCGGGGACGUCGUCUUCGUCGAGCUUCCCUCGGUCGGCUCGGAGAUUGAGGCUGGCGAGUCGAUCGGCGGCGUCGAGUCUGUCAAGGCUGCGUCGGACAUCUACGCCCCCGUCUCGGGCACGAUCGAGGAGAUCAACGAGACGCUUGGCGACUCGCCGAGCCUCGUGAACAAGGAGGCCGAGACUGGCGGCUGGCUUGCCAAGAUCAAGCUCUCGGAGCCCCGCGAGCUCGAGGACUUGAUGGACGAGGCGGCGUACAAGACCUUCUGCGAGGAGCAGUAAGAUAGCGAGGAAAUGGAUUCUGGUGUCGUGUGA